AUGAGUUAUCGAAGUGACGGAGAAUCAUCUCCGAAUGAAGAUGACAAUAUUUCCGAAAACGAGUUAGAUAUCAAUGAUCAGGAACAAAAUGCAUUUGUCACGGAUGAUGCAUUUGUUGAGCUAUCCAAUCAACAAGAUUAUGACGGUAUAAAACCAAUCGAAGCAAAACCACCGAUUGAGAUCAAUACGGAUGAACAAAUGAGGCAUCAAUCUGGUACACCAGCUUUUCGUUCACUUGAUGAACUAUUCAAACAAGGAGUCUUGACUGGCACGCGAAUGGCAUGGCUCAAAUCGAAAUAUAUGGAUUUACAGAAUGCCUUAGCACAAUCACGUGACGCAGAAGCGCGUUUACGUCAAGAAGAACAAACAUAUCUAUCUCAAAUUGAAAAACAAAAACGUGUUCUAGAAGAAGGAGAGGCAUUUCCAGAUAAAAUCACGACUGAAGUUCAACAGCGACGAAAGGAUUUACUGAAAUAUAGCAAUGACUUAGCUUGUACAAACGAUCGUCUCUUCGACCUCGAAUACAAAAUCAAAGCUUUGGAAGAAGACAAACGCUCAUUGGAAAACGAAAAGGCACGAAUACCGAAUCAGCAUGAAAUCGAUGAGAAAGUGAAAGCUCUCCGUCAAGAAUGUGAUGAUUUACGACGGCAGAUAGCGCAGAAAAAAUCCGAAAUCAAAGAUCAGAACGUUUCAUUAGCUGACAAAAAGAAGAAGAUUAACAUUGCGACGAAACAACAUGAAGAACUUCAACAAACGAUCGAGACGUUAGAAACUGAUCACCUUCAAGUAACAAGUCGACCAGGCGAAUUACUAAAACAAAUCGAUGGUUUUAUUCUUCAAAAAGAUCAGACGGAUCACGAAACCGAAGAAUUGGAAAUGCGAUUGAAAGAACAAAAUGAAUUGACUGCACAAUUAACCGAGGAAAUAACGAAAGUCAAAGCUGCGACAUACAAAGAAACGAAAUUAGUCGAUCAGCAAAAUCAGCAAAGUGAACGAUUAAACGAUGAGAUUCGAAGUGUGAUGAAUUUAAUUGCAUUCGAAGAAGCGAAGUUAACCAAGGGGCAAAUUGAUGAACGUCAGUCAACAGAAGCAGUGAAAAGUACCGUACAAAUGUGUCGACAAGUUCGCGAGCAACAUCAAAAGUUUCAAAAGCAAAAAGAAAGACUACUAAGAGAACUGAAGCGUGCUGAAAAUCAACAUCGACACGCGGAAGAUGAAUUGGCUAGUGCCAAAAUGACAGUCGAACGGUUAACACUACGCUAUGCAGCACUACCACACGAUGAUACAAGUUUCGACACUGAACAGGAGAAUAUUAAAGGAGAAAUCGAUGAUAUUUGUAAAGCUAGUGAAAAACAGGAUAAGCAACGUAUUGUUAAUCAAAGUAUGUUGACCAACGCUCAAAAGGACCACGAGAAUAUUCUUAUGCAGCAAAGUGACUACCGCCGUGACGCUGUUUCAUUGGCUCAUUUCGCAUCAGUGGUUUCUAAUGAACGCGAACAAAAAUGUCGCGAGAAAAUGAAAGCGAAAGCUCGUCUGGAAUCAGCUCUGGAGGAAAAACAACGAAAAACGAAUGAAAUCUACGAACAUCAGAAACGCAUCGUGGAUCUCGAGAUUCAACUGAAAGAAUUCGCGACGAUGUAUGAUGUCAUUAAGAAUGAACGAAACAAAUGUGUUAAUUCCAUUCAAGUUAAUCACCAAAAAGCCAAUGAGAUGCGAGAAAAAAUCAAAUUACUUGAAAACGAAAUCGAAAUCUUACGAACAAAAUUAAGUACAUUAGAAAAGGAUCUGCAAAAGAAAAACUUACUUGUUGUGGCAUCCGUGAUUGAACGUGAUCGAGAGAAACACAAAGUCGAAAAGCGACGUACAUACCUGCGAGAGUUGAAUAUUCAAGAACAGCAACAAUCAUUAGAGAAUCGAAAUUAUAAUAAUCUGAUCGCAUUUGCCGAGAAAGAAUUAGCUAAAUUGAAAAAAGCAUAUGACGCAUCUGUUAUCGAUCGAAAUGAACGCAGUGUGCAGCUAGUUGAACGGUACAAUGAAGAAGUCGUUUUUCAAGAAAAAGUGAAUGUACAAGAUACGAAGUUAAAGAAUGCUUAUAUUGAAUCGCGAAGCCGAGAUGAUGAAGUUCGUUUGUUAGAGUUGCAAAUUCAAGAAGAAAGAAGAGAAAUUGCAUUGUCGAAAAAGAAACUACCUGUCAAGCGAGCUCUAGACAAAGAACUAGAAUUGUAUCGCAUAUGCCUUGAAUCAUGUCAAGAACGUUUAGUCGAACUUGAGAAAGCGCUGGAAAAUCCGAACGAUCCAGCUCGUGUACGUUUUCUCGAUGGUGAAGACGAAUCUCCGGCAGCAAUUAUGAAGAAACUUGAACAGCUCGAGCAACGUUUGUCGACGAAAGAAGAACAGUCGUUGGAAAAGGAUCUCAUACUUGAACAAGUCAGUCGAUUAAUUGAACGUUUAUCAACACGAGCAGAUGCCGGAAAAGAUGAUACAUUAUCGUUAGCUAAGAAAGUCAAUGAUUUACAGAACAAAAUCAAAGAUAUCACACGCAAAAUGAUGGCAACUCUAUCCGAGUUGGCUAUUCAUCAAGCAGAUUCGUUAAAACUUCAACAAGAAAAAAAUAUGAAAGAUGUCGAACUAAGACAAUAUUAUGCACGAAUGGAACAAGGAGAUCCACCGAGUGAAAAUAUUGAAAGCGAAUGGCAACGUUCCAAUGAACUUGAAGAAAGACGUAAAACUGAACGGAGAACUCGAGAAGACAAAGAACGUGAGAUGGAACACUUUAUUCUACCAGGCGGCAUAGUUACACAUGCUCAACCUCGUCCUCAACGUUACGCUCCAGAUAACGAUGCUGAUAUUCAAAUAGCUAAACCAUACGGUUCACAUGCACCAUUUAAACCGAGUGAACCCGGUGCCAAUAUGCGUCAUAUUCGAAAACCAAAUCCUAAACCGAUUGAAAUAUAA